AUGUACAGCCUCCUUCUCGACACAUACAUCAAGGAUAACAAGGAGAGAGACAAUCUAUUUUGCGCAAUCAAAACCAUCCCUUGCAUCACGAAGAAGGCGCAGUGCGCGAAGACGUGGAUCGACAGAUCUCAGAUUUCCGCGGAGCGUAUCGUCGUUUUUGCCUGCAUCGAAGGUAUCUUCUUCUCCGGUAGCUUCUGCUCGAUUUUCUGGUUGAAGAAACGCAGACUCAUGCCGGGACUGGCCUUCUCCAACAAAUUGAUAUCUCAAGACGAAGGCAUUCACUGCAAUUUCGCGUGCCUCAUCUACACUCUAUUGAGGACAAAGCUUUUGGAGGAACGCGUGAAGGCAAUCGUCUGCGAUGUCAUCGAGAUCGAGAGGGAGUUUGUGUGCGACGCGCUUUCAUGCGUGUUGGUGGGAAUGAAUCGGGACCUAAUGAGCCAUUAUAUCAAAUUUGGUGUGGAUAGGCUUUUGGAUGCGCUUAGGUACGGAAAGGUUUACGAUGUAGCGAAUCCAUUUGAUUGGAUGGAUUUAAUCUCGCUUGAAGGUAAAACAAAAUCCUUCCAGAAGCGAGUUGGUGUUUACCAGAAGUCCUCCGUUAUGACCAAGGCAUCGUUUAGCAGAUUUGCAAAAUUUAAAGAGGAAAACAUCUAUAAUAAUCGGAGACUAUGUCCAUUGAUGAAUUCAAAGAGUACAAUGUCAAAGCCAAACCAUCCAAGAAUUGCUAGCCAACCACAUUUGCAUCAGAUGGAGAUCGCAUACAGAGAAGGAAAAUAA